CAGGUUUACUUCCCGUUUCAGAGGCUCGUGGCUGCUCAGCGAAAUGGCUGCGUUCCUGCGAGCUCGUAAAUAUGUUGGCUGCGUUGUGCGUUUCUCCGACCGUGAACUGUAAACGCAAGUUCUGACCGGGAAUUGAAAACUCAAAAACUACUGGCCAAGCUGUCAUGGCUGAAGAUGAGGCAGAUUUUGGAGGUACAGUGGAGGAUGGAGAUGAAGGGUCAGAAGAUCCAGAUCUUCAGGGAGAGCUUAAUGCAUUCAGAGUUCAGUGGAUGUCAGAGCUUAAACCAAGCUCUGAAGCGAGGAAUAAACACCUGCAAAAUAAAGGGCAGAAAAAGACGCAAGAAACGGCUUUGGAGGAAAAGGCCACAGAGCUGUUCUUAAGAGCCGUUCAUGAGGAACAGAUUGGAGCAGUCUAUGAAGCCAUCAAAUACUAUCGCAUGGCACUGCAGCUUGUGCCUGACAUUGAGUCUAAAAUCAACUACAGCCGGCCUACUGAUGCAGAUAAGAUGAUAGAGGAGAGUGAUGCUGACAGUGACAUUGAGGACUUGCUCUCAUAUUUUGAGCAGCAGCUCACGCUGGAAAGCUCCUAUCCAAAGUUCUGCACACCUGAGGUGGACAUGGCUCAGACUCACAUCUCAAUCCUGCCAAGAGAAAUUGUAAUGUACAUAUUUCGCUGGGUAGUGUCCAGUGAACUGGACAUGCGUGCUCUGGAACAGCUGUCUUUGGUUUGUCGUGGAUUUUACAUUUGUGCAAGGGACCCAGAAAUCUGGCGCUCUGCUUGUUUGAAGAUCUGGGGAAAGACAAAACUCUCCAAACCAUACACCUCAUGGAGAGAGAUGUUUCUGCAGAAGCCACAUGUUCGUUAUGAUGGAGUCUAUAUCAGCAAAACAUCAUAUAUUCGUCAAGGAGAGGAAUCACUGGAUGGGUUUUAUAGACCUUGGCAACAGGUUGAAUACUACAGGUACCUGCGAUUCUUCCCUGACGGGCAGGUCAUAAUGAUGACUACCCCUGAGGACCCACUCACUAUUGUUCCUCACCUAAAAACUAAGAACACAAGACUGGAUGCCAUUUUGCUUGGCCAUUACCGUCUAUCGCAGGAGACAGACAAUCAAACCAAAGUAUUUGCAGUUCUUGCCAAGAAAAAAGAUGAGAAAAUGAAUGAGUUUACAAGGAAUCGGUUCUCAAGACGAAAUCCUUUACCAGAUGCGGAGCACAGCUUCCAUGUAGGAUUGCAGCUGUCCUCUGGGGGGCGCCAGUGUUCCAAUAAACUGAUGUGGGUCCACCACUCCUGUCACAUCAAAUACAGAGUGACUGGGGAAACCGUUGUGACAGCGUUUGACCUGGACCAGAUGUAUACACCUUUUUUCUUUGCUCGAGUGAAGAGUUACACAGUUUUCUCAAACCAGCCACUCUAAGCUCAUGCUUUCACCAAUGAUUACAUUAAAGUUCAUUCACCA